GUGAUCAGCUGAUAAGUUACAUUUCAUCUGAGAUCAGCUGUGUUGUUUCAUUGUUGGCGUGGACUGUGGGGUUUUGAUGUGUAUUGCAAACUUGGCGCGAUGAGGUGUGGUUGUGUUUUUGUGUGAAUCUUGAAACUAUACCCAAGUUUGGGGACACCUGUUGCUGUUGUGCUCGAGACCCAAAAUGUAGAUUUAGGGAUUUAGGAGAUGGAUCGACGCUUAAGAAACAUCCAGUAUUCUUCGGUUAAAAUCGAACUUUCAGCCAUCUACCAGUCACUGGAGUUCGAACAGAAAUUUCGAAACGAAAUUGAAAUGGAUUCACAAAUUGCAUCACACCUUGAAAGCUCUCAUUAGAGAAGACAAGUCUGAAGAGUUCCAUCAAUUUCUGAAAAUUUCUACCGAAGAUGGAUCUCCCCAACGGCACCUUGGUCGCCUUCGUCUCCGGGUUCCCCAGGAGGAACUACACCUUGGAGGUGGCUCCUAGUCAUGACUCCCGUCACUUGAGUGUCACAGGGCAAGUCAUCAUCACCGCCUUUUACCUCGUGGGUCUGGUAGGCAACUUGGCAGCUCUAGGGUUCCUCUACCGCUCAGAGUCCAAACCUCGCAACCCCAAGCACGCCUUGAUGCUGAGGUGCCUGGCUGCCAACGACCUGGUGGCCAUUCUAGGGAUGAUGACCCAGAUGAAUCUUCAGCUGUACUUCCCCGCGCUGGCCCACAGCAGGUCCUUCUGCCAGUUCAGGGUGGUCUGGAGGAUAUUCGGCCUCGGCAGUGGAUGCGUGGCGAUCGUCAUGGCUAUUGAGAGGUGGUUCGCGUUCACUAGACCGUUCUUCUACCAGAAGCAUGUGACCACCACUAUGAUACGGAGAGCCAUAUUCUCUCUGUGGUCAGCAACCCUAGUCCUGGUAUGUCUGCCAUUCCUCGGGUUUGGACUAUACUUCGAGCCACAGACUGCUAAGUGUGUUCGUUACCGCUUAGCAAAGCGACCAGUCGACAUAGCCUACGCAUACUUGUUUCUCAGUUUUGGGUUUCUACUCUGCCUGUGUAUCGUAUGGUGUAACCUGGCCGUGAUGUGUGCCUUGUGUCGCUUCGGUCGCUGUGACAAGUCGCGACAUCCCAUCACGCUGCCUCGUCGCAUCAGUCGCAAUCAAUCACUCACCUUCAACGCCUGCACCAGGGAGGAGAUGGCCUUCGCCAGGCUGAUGGCACUUCUGUGUGUUGUCUUCGUACUGUGUUGGAUGCCACAGAUGAUAUCCAUACCAAUGGCCCAGGUGGCUCCCAAGUCAACCAUCAGUAACCUGUUCUUCCGUCUCGCGGAUGUUCUGAUGCUUCUCCACUUCACACUAGACCCGUACCUCUAUGUUCUGCAGCGUUGGCCGUUCUUCCGAGGACUAUGCGGCGUUCGCAGCCGCAACAACUCCAUCAAGAACUCCCAUGAGAUCAGCAUGCACUGAUGCCACUUUUGUAACAUCUUUACGUACGGUGUCUAACCAUUGACUUUUAGAUACCUUUAGGUACGGAAAUAGAUAUCCCAUCUAUGUGGGACCAGCUAUAGCCAAUUUAUUAUUGAUAGAUUGAUCAUUGUUGAAAAAAUUAACUAAAUAAAUAAUGGUUAUAUUUGUUUCUAGCACAGUAAUAAAGAGAAUACAUUAUAACACUAAAGUGUAGUCCAUGGUGGUACAAUGGUCAAUAUGGUACUGGGUACUACUGGAUUCCUUAACAUUGUCUUAUCUGCAAGGCUGAUCUGUAAGAAUGGUAAAUCUAUAAGGGAGUAAUGUAUGUGCUUAAUCCACAUGUAAAAAAAUCCUUAGAGUAAAUAUUGUGACCUCAUAUAUGUAAUCCAUGUUGUUUUGUAAACCCAUAUGCCAGUAUGUCUAUGAAUGUGAUAAAAAUGGUUUCAGACAGCUUAAUAAGCCUUUUUUUACUCGUCUACGCCAGUGCCAUUUGAGAAGUCAAAGAGUUAGUAUUAAAAACUUUUAAGGGAAAGCGUUCCAAACCCAUUAGAGUGAAUGUGCCGGGAAUUGAACCCAUCGUAGUCUGAGACGCUAAGCACUAGGUUAGCAACACACCCAAUACCUAUAUCCCUUACAAGUUUAUCUCAAUCUAGAUAUAGUACUGAUCGAGGUUACGAUUUCUGUGUCUUUAGGGUGGGAGAAGAUCUACAAUGCAACUUCUUCUUCUGCUCCUAUUAUGCUGUAAAUAUUUUGUAAACAAUUAAAAUGCUUACAUACACAUAAUUUGAAUCUAUAUUGUAGAUAUUUCCCCUCUUGUAUCAAGAGUGUAAAGAUGUAAUAUAUUUGAAAGUACAGUAUGUCUCGCUCUCAUGUUAAGUGUUACACAUUAUUGGAACAAAAAUAACAAAAUAGUUCUACCCAUCGUUAAGCAUAAACAUAUUUUAGAUGUGUAAAAAUUGUAAUUUCGGAGUUAGCAUAUUUUUUUAGAUUAUUUGGCAUGUAAAGUACGGUAAAACUUCUGAUUAAAAAAAAGUAUUUCAUAUAAGCACUACAUUUAAAUAUAGACAAAGUCUAAUAAUGCAAUUUAUUUCCCUUAUUCAUAUUACUGUAAUGUUCGUUGUGCCAUAAAAUAAUAUCUAGUCCUAGGCUGUGUGCUUUGAUGAACCAAGUAUUUUCAACAAAUAUGUAUUACAUGUAGUGUUUGUAAAUAUAAUAAAAAUCAUACUUUAGCUA